AUGGCUCGCCUGAACCGACGACUGGCCCUGCUGGGCCUCUCCGCCCUCCUGCCGGCCGCCCUGGCCCUGCCGGAAGGCCUGGGAAAGCGCACCGCCGGGCAGUGCGGCCAGAGCAGCUGCCAGGCCGCGCUGGCGGCGCUCGGGUCCCAGGCCCGGCUGGACUGCUCGUCCUUCCUGGCCACGACGGUGACGCCCUGCGCGGCGACGAGCACGCCCGUCGUGACCGUCACGGUGUUCGAAACGGCGACCGGGACGGCGGCCACCGACACGGCGCUGGUGACGGCCACGGUGACGGGCAGCGUCGAGACGGACGUGCGCACGGUGUUGUACACGACCACGGUGGCUACCGACGACGUGCCGACCACGGUGGCCACGGCGUCGGUGCAAGACACCGUCACGGUGCCGGCUACCGCGGACGUGACCGACAUCGUCACCGUCUACCAGACAGCCACCAAGGCCGUCUACGACUUUUCCGGCGUCAAGCCCGUCAAGAGGAGCGACGGCGACGGCGACGGCGACGGCCCGCCCCGCCGCGUCAGGAGGGGAUGCAAGGCGUGCCCCUACACCAGGGUUGCCACGGCGGUUCCAUCCUACGCCUCCGCCUGCGCUGACGCCGCCCAAUACUCCUCCGUCUGCUUCUGCAUGGGAGUCACCCCCACCGUCGUCACCCUCUCGCCGUCGGCCUCCACCACCGUCGUCACCGCCACCGUGACCAACUCCGUCCCGCCCGUCACCGUCACCGACACGGCCUUCGUCUCCGUCACCGACACCACCACCGUCGACGCCACCGUCGACGUACCCGUCACCUACACCAACGUCGUCCCCGUCACCGCCACCUUCACCCAGGACCCGGCGACCCUGACGCUGACGACGACGCAGACCGUCGCCGCCACCGCCGUCGUCACCAACACCGUGCCCGGCCCAACCCAGUACUGCGAGAUGUAUCUCCAGAUCAGGGGCUCCUCCUACGACGGCAGGUUCAUCUACAACGCCGUCAACCAAGCCACCAACGUCAUCAGCACCUCGAUGAAAACCCCCUACCGCCUCGACAAGAACGGCAAGCUGCACCCCGCGAGCGGCCCGUACGCCGGCUACACGCUCUACUCGUACGGCGCGUCGUCCUACGUCAAUGUGCAGACCGACGAAAACAUUGCCAAGUCCGGAUACAACCCCCUCACGUGCAAGGUCAACCUCGACACCCUCGAGAUCUUUUGCCAGGCGUAUUCCUCUCCCAAGACUUGGGUGUGGAGCAACGGAUAUACCACAGCUGACGGGCCGUACCUGUGGCUCAACACGUUUGUGCAGACGGGGAGCACGCAGUUCCGGCUGUUUGCGGUGCCUGUCAACUGCGUGACCUGA